AUGGCGGCCACUGCAACGUCGGUUCGGGCUGAGGAAGCUACUGAAAAUCAAGGGGUUCUACCGGCGACAGGAGCCCUGGUGGAGCUCACCCCGACCCCCGGCGGCUUGGCCCUGGUGAGCCCUUAUCACACCCACCGGGCCGGGGACCCCUUAGACCUCGUGGCGCUCGCACAGCAGGUGCAGAAGGCUGAUGAAUUUAUCCGAGCAAAUGCCACCAAUAAGCUGACUGUCAUAGCUGAGCAAAUCCAACAUUUGCAAGAACAAGCCAGGAAGGUAUUGGAAGAUGCUCACAGAGAUGCUGACUUGCACCACAUAGCUUGUAAUAUUGUGAAAAAACCUGGCAACAUUUACUAUCUGUAUAAACGAGAGAGUGGUCAGCAGUAUUUUUCUAUAAUUUCUCCAAAGGAAUGGGGGACAAGUUGUCCACACAAGUUCCUUGGUGCCUACAAGCUUCAACAUGACUUGUCUUGGACUCCGUAUGAGGACAUUGAGAAGCAAGAUGCUAAAAUCAGCAUAAUGGACAAGUUGCUAAGCCAACCAGUGGCCCUGCCUCCAUUUACUGAACCCAACUUCCAGGGACUGACUCAGUGA